AUGUAUUUCCUGCUUUGUCAUCUGUCAUUGGCUGAAGUUGUCUUCACUACUAAUAUCGUCCCCAACAUGUUGAAUACCGUCUUAUGUGAUGGUGGAUUUAUUGCUCUUGAAGGUUGUGUAACUCAAUAUUACAUGUUUUCUUCUUCUACAACGGCAGAAUGUCUCUUGCUCUCCAUGAUGUCUUACGACCGAUUUAUGGCCAUCUGUUACCCCUUGCAUUAUUCCGCUCUGAUGACCCAGAAGUUGUGUAUACUACUAGUUUGCAGUUCUUGGCUCACUGGGGCCAUAAUGUCAUUGCCCGCGGCCAUCCUUAUAAGUAUGUUGGAGUUCUGUCUUCCAAACAUUAUUGACCAUUUUUUCUGUGACCUUUCCCCAAUACUUAAGAUGGCGUGCUCCGAUACCACAUUUCUAGAACUUGAAGAUCUUAUUUUGUCUUUUCCCAUUUUAGUUUUUCCUUUUAUAUUUAUUGCUGUAACCUACAUCCAAAUCAUCUUCACCAUCUGCAGAAUUCCUUCCUCCAGUGGCAAACAGAAAGCAUUCUCCACUUGCAGUUCCCACCUCCUCGUGGUGUGUAUUUAUUAUGGGACGCUUAUCAUUGUCUACAUGACUCCAUUAGCAGACAAUAUAAUCAGUAAGAUCCUAGCUCUCUCGUAUACAGUUCUAACUCCACUUCUCAACCCAGUGAUAUAUAGUCUUAGAAAUAAGGAAAUAAGAGAUUCCAUAAAGAAACUGAGGAGGCUGUGGUAA